UGACCCUGACCAUCAUCCUGAGCGCACGCCCAACGCACGCCGCAUCCCGACGUAGUUCAUACCCCAUCUUCCAACUUGAUCAAAGAAGCCCUGCGAUCCAGGAAAUCUAGUCUUUGGGGUCUAAAUCUCAAUUCAACCAUUUCAAGUCGGUCAUCUGACAUAUUCAGUGUAUGAAGGUUGAGAGUCAUCGACAUCUUCCAUCCAUGAUGCAUAUUAUACAUUGAGAUAUCAAUCAAUACUUGACGAAGGCGGACCGAAGAAUGUUAGAUUCGGGAAGGCCCAGAGGGACGGAGAGGACGGGGAUGAAGGUAUUUAUGUGGAAGAUGAUUUCUAACUUAGGUUUUCCGGUGUCAGUGCCACAAGCUGAAGCUCGAAAUCAAUUUUCGUUCCCGCAGGCCCAACGGACUCGAGUAUCGCAGACUGCUGGAAUUCGCCCCUCCGUCAACCCAGGAAUGAUGCAUGAUGUACUGUUAUCUCUAUUUAUUGGCCCCUUGAGCGCCGCAUCCACGAUGUCCUUUUCUUUUCUCCAGGUAAGGGUAUUACUCGCACCCAGUUCGCCUGUUAUAUUCCGCUCAAACACUGCACGCUGUCCUCAAACCUUCCCCCAGGGUGUCCACUGUUGAAAGUUUGUUCAUGUCCAAGCCUUUGGUCCUCUGCGAGAGGUGCAACGAGCCAUUCACUCCAGGCUGUCCCGUUCAGAAUCUUCCACCGCUCUCGAAAUCCCAUUUCCGCUCUUCCAAUUUUCCACUCAACCCCGAAAAUCUUACCGAAAUCUUGUCAAACAUCACAGAGGAAGAACAUCAGCUCCAAACCUUACUAUGUAGAAUAACCCAUGCCAAACAAACCCUGGAAGACCUCGAACGUCAUAAAACCCACCUCGAAACCCGCUUAUCAGAACGACGGAGUCUACUAACCACGUCUCGAAGAAUCCCAACUGAAAUCUGGACAGAGAUAUUUUCUCUCUGUAUUCCAUCCGCAGGCCACCACUUGUCCAUCUCAGAAUUUGAAUGGAACGGAGUACAGUCCGUGCCUUACACGCUUUCUCACGUCUGUACCCGCUGGCGAGAUAUCAUCGCAUCUUUCCCGGCCUUAUGGUCAUCCAUCUGGAUCAACCUAUACUGUCUAGAUCGGAAUAUCACCCCUCUCCUCUCCUCCUAUUUCGGCCUUUCCUCGAAAGGCAAAGGACCGCAGGUUUACGUUCAGUUCCAGAAGGGGUCAGUGUCAGAUUGGGUUCAAUGGAAAAAUCAAUCGACGUAUAUUGAUUGUUUACGGGAUGGACCGUGGACUCCGUACUCUGAAAAAGCGUUUUCUUUCAUUUUAGCCCAUUCGGCGCGCUUUAGAACGUUUUCAGUACGUGAUGUGGACGUUAGCAUUCGUCCCGCACUGCCAUUACCAGUUUAUGAGCCCGACGAACUCGGUGAACGCCAUUCACAUCGCCUCAGCUUCCCCCUCCUCGAAUCCCUCACAUUCAACGCCGACAUCUCCUCAGACUCCCCACCAUCCUGGCUCUGUGACGCUAUCAAAACCUCACCUGAUUUACAGGUCCUCAAGCUCGAUUCCACCACUGGACGCUUCGGACGCUUGGGAUCGACCACUGUGUCCGAUUUACUUUCUUCUCUCCCGAUUAAAACACUCGAAAUCGGGAAUAUUAGUCUAUUCGAGAGGCAACUCGUGGACCUCAUAAAUCUCCUUCCUUCCCUUCACAACCUUGAGGUUCUCCAGGUUGACGGAAUUCAGAGAUCAAGUUCCACCCUUUAUCCUAUUCUGGCAACUGCUACCAAUAGGAGUUUGAAAUCCCUCACGCUCGGAUUUGGGAAUCCAACUCCUAACGACGUCGUAUACUCUUUGUUAGAGUCAGUUGAUCUACCUUCCCUGGAAUCGCUAGAGUUUAAAGGCUACGCACAGAGAUUAGACGGAAGUGUUCUUCCCCUUUUUCAGAAGUUCGGUGGACUCCGGAAUCUCAGUCUCUCGCUCUCUAUCCACCCCGAUGACGAUGAGGACGAUGGUGCGAGCGAAGGACUUUCCAUCCAUUAUAUCCUCCGCGCUGUCCCCCGUUUAGAGAGCUUAAAUGUGUCUAUCAAGGGAGGAGGAGGACGAAGGGAGGGAAGGGCUUGUAUAGCUACGUUUUUUGAUUCCUUUGCUCGGGAUGAAGUUCUCGGUUCUCAUCUACGGAAGUUGAAUAUCACGGAGUUAGAUGCGGUGCUUACGUCUUCCGUUGCGGAAUGUGUUGUUUCCAGUCUGGAAACCCGAGCGGCCGCGGGAAGUGAUCUCGGGGAGGUUAGGUUGGUGUUCGGAGGAUGGAGAUAUGCCGAUAUGAACCUUAUCACCAGCACAACCGGGACAGAGUCGGGUAUAGGAGAAAGGUUUCGAGUGAUUGAGGAGAGAUGUAGAAUCAAGUGUGCGUUUUUCUAUACGUCUUGGGGGUCUAGGUCGUUUGUUUUUGGAUCGAAGACGUUGGAUGAGUAGUCUGUGUGUAGGCGGCUUGGUUUUCGCUACUAGAUUUUACAGUCUACAUAUUACUUACC